UUAACCUCUUCGCCAGAUGAAACAACACAUCGGCACAGAGUUAUACGGGUACUGGUCAUCCUUUUCUGAAAAGGAUGUCCACACCAAACUGGCGAAGAACCUCGACUCAUUUAUAGUCUUUCGUUCUGCGAGGACCCUGAUCUUUGGAUGGAAUAUGUGAAUCCUCCAGGCGGGACGAAAACAUGGAUCGAAAAUAAUCAUUCAGCGAAGAUUAGGUCGUUCAUCACAGAAGAGGAACAGUACACCCAGAAGGAGAAAAUGCAAAACAGUAGAUUAGAAGCAGUAUUGUCUUAUUACAAAGUUAUGACUUCCAACAUAUAUGCUGAAGAUCUGAGAGAGAACUUUCCGAAGACUACUGAGCUGACUAUGCCGGUUUUCUUCGGCGCUUCCCAGGAUUUUGUCUGUCGAGCCUAUAUGAAUAAGGCGACCGUCGAACGGAUGUGCAAGCAUGCGACUAUUCAUGUUUACAACACCGGGCACUGGGUUCAGUUCCAGGCCAAGGAUGAACUCAACCAGAACUUGUUUGCAUGGAUUCAGGCCGCUCAGGGGAAUACGAAAUAAUAUCGACAACAUAACGGCUUUGGGCCUUCGUACCAAAAUGUUAACUUGUAUGAGCCAUGCAAUAAGUCAGUAUCUUUGUAGUAGUGGGCAGAAAUUAUUUGGUUUUAUCUCUCAUCAA